AUGGAGAGGAAGAGAAUUGAUGUGAUGUGCUUGCAGGAAACCAGAUGGAAAGGACAGAAGGCAAAGGAACUCGGAGAGGGUUAUAAACUUUACUACGCGGGUGUGGACAACAGGAGGAAUGGAGUGGGAAUAGUGCUAAGUCCUGAGUUGAAGGAAGGGAUAUUACAGGUUAACAGAGUGAUGUGGUUGAAGAUGGCGGUGGAGAAAGUGAUUGUGAAUGUCAUCUGCGCCUACGCGCCGCAAGUUGGUUGCCCUGAGGAGGAGAAAGAUGAGUUUUGGGAAAAGCUUGGGAGUGUCAUGGUAGGAAUCCCAGUAGCGGAGGAGACAUGGAUUGGUGGGGACCUAAACGGGCACGUUGGAGAAGGAAGCCGGGAUACGGAAAUAAUGGGGAAGUACGGAGUGGGCACAAGAAAUAUGAAGGUGAGAGGAUAG